AUGGUUUUACCUGGGUGUGGCUGCUCUGUAUGCUAUGGCUUCCUGGUGCCACAGCCCAGAGCUAAGUGGACCCCAAAGGAGGAUGAGCAGGGAUUGAGCAGGGAGCCCACACCAGAAGUGCUGGGUCCUCCCUGGGCAGCUGGGUGGCGCCAGAGCGCACAGAACGCUGGCCCUUCCACCAGAUGCUGGUCAUCCCUGGGCAGCAGGGAACGCCAGAGCGCAAGGACUGCUGCCUCCGAGAUUCCGACAGUUCCAGAACACCCAAACCUCCCGGAUUCAGACAAGUGCAGGGCCAAUAAAGGGGACCCGCCUCCAAGGGUAAAGGGGAUUCAGAAGCCAAGGGUCUUGGACACAGUGCUUCUGCCUGGGCGUAACAGUCCCGGGAAGAGGCGGAACUGGGAGUGGAGCCUGGAGGGGAGGGAUUGGCGCCGCAGUUCACGGGACAAAACGACACGCACGCCAUUUCCCAGAAUUCCCCUAACUGGGCCAGCGGCGACCCCGCAUCUCCACACCGCCCGCGGCAUUGUAGAAAAGGUAAUUGGCUUGAUCUGCGCAGGCGCCUGUGGAGGAGGGGAACGAGACGUCCGGAGGAGUGCGCGAGAGCGCGGCCCGGAAUGCGCUUGCGUGUGCAUUACAGAACCCACGUCGUUGCUUGCGUUUGCCAAUUUGUGUGUAAGUAUGUGUCAGUGUGUUCCUUCUCGGUGUCUCUUUAGCUCCACGCUGGUGUCUGUCGCCUUCUCAAGGGGGAAGCUGAGCCCGGAGAACUUGAGCCACUUCGCUUUGGCUUCUCAGGUAGUAAGCUUCUCCACUUGGAUCCCAGGAGCCAGACUCUGCCAGCACCAGAAGGGAAUGACCUCUGGAUUCCCAGCAGCCCCCAGCUCCCUGGAAUCUGUGACAUUCCAAGAUGUAACUGUAGACUUUACCCAGCGGGAAUGGAGGCAGCUGACCCAUGCCCAGAAGAGCCUGUACCGAGAGGUGAUGCUGGAGAACUAUGAGAACUUUGUCUCUGUGGGGUUUCCAGGUUCCAAACCAGAGCUGAUCUCCCAGUUGGAAUGUGGGGAUGGCCCGUGGGUGCUGCUGGAGGAAGAAGUGAGAAGCCGCUGUCCAGAUUGGGAGAUUCAGUCAGAAACCAAGAAGACUUUCUCUAUUCAGUGCAUUUCCUUGGAAGACACAUCACAGGAAAGACUUACAAAGGGUGGUCCCUGGGACCAUGAAUUUGGAGAAGUUGAUUAUAAAAACAACUUUGAUGGCCAUGUAGCUAAUCAGGAGAGAGAUUUGAUUGAUGGUACUCGAGAUAAAAUUUUAAACAGGGCCAGAGGCCGCAAAUGUAAUCAGUUUAUGAAAAGCUUCAAUCAAAAUCCAGUCCUUGAUGCACCAAGGAAUGUUUCUUCAGAAAAGAGUCUUUAUAAGUGUGAUACAAAUAAAAAUAACAUAUUUUCUUCAGCCCUGAGUGAUCGUAAUGAAAUCUCCUCAGGAAAGAAAUCCCGUAAGAAGGCCUUCAGUGACCCCUCAGACCUUAAUGAAGAUCAAAGAAUAACCACUAAAGAAAAACCCUACACAUGUACUGAAUUUGGCAAUGCCUUCCACCAGAGGCGACACCAUACUCAAUGUCACAGAAGUCAUUCUUCUGGGAAACCAUACGUCUGCAGAGAUUGUGGAAAAACCUUCAGCCAGAUCACAUACCUUAUUCAACAUCAGGGAAUUCAUGAUGGAGAGAGACCCUAUAAAUGUAGUGACUGUGGAAAAGCUUUCACCAAUAGUUCAUCCCUUAUUCUACAUCACAUAAUUCACAGUGGAGAAAAACCCUAUGAAUGUCAUGAAUGUAGGAAGCUCUUCAGCAAUCGAACAGGACUAUUUGUACAUCUGAGAAUUCAUACUGGAGAGAAACCCUUUCAGUGUAACAUAUGUAAAAAAGCCUUUAGCCAGAAAGGGGACCUUUCUCGACACCAGAAAGUUCAUACAGGAGAGAAACCCUAUAAGUGUAACGUAUGUGAAAAAGCUUUUAGCCAGCAAGGACAUCUUACUGCACACCAGAGAAUUCAUAAUGGAGAAAAACCUUAUAAGUGUAAUGAAUGUGGAAAAGCAUUCAGCAAUAGCUCAUCUCUAAUUCUACAUCACAGAAUUCAUAGUGGAGAGAAACCCUAUGAAUGUCACGAAUGUGGGAAGCCUUUCAGUAAUCAUGCAGGCCUCAUUGUACAUCAGAGAAUUCAUACUGGUGAGAAACCCUAUAAAUGUGACAUAUGUGAAAAAGCCUUCAGUCAGAAGGGUCAUCUUUCUGAACAUCAGAGAAUCCAUACUAGAGAGAAACCGUAUAAUUGUAACAUAUGCAAGAAAGCCUUUAGCCAGAGGGGAGACCUUUUUCGACAUCAAAAAAUUCAUAACGGAGAGAAACCAUAUGAUUGCAGUGAAUGUGGAAAAGCUUUCAGCCAGAAAGGAGACCUUACUAAACACCAAAGAAUUCAUAGUGGUGAGAAACCUUAUAAAUGUAACAAAUGUGGUAAAGCCUUUAGCAUUAGCUCUCAACUCAACAUGCAUGAAAGAAUUCAUACUGGAGAGAAGCCCUAUAAAUGUAACUUAUGUGAGAAAGCCUUCAUCCAAAAAGGACGUCUUACUGAACAUUACAGAAUUCAUAAUGGAGACAAACCUCACAAAUGUGCUGAAUGUGGAAAGGCUUUCAGCCAAAUUACAUACCUUACCAGACAUGAGAGAAUCCAUACUGGGGAGAAACCUUAUAAAUGCAGUGAAUGUGAGAAAGCUUUCAGCAAUAGCUCAGCACUCAAUGUACAUCAGAAAAUUCAUACUGGUGUGAAAUCUCAUGUAUGUCUUGAAUGUGGGAAGGCCUUCCUCCAGAGUAUAGGCCUUAGUUUACAUCAGAGAAUUCAUACUGGAGAAAAACCAUAUAAAUGUGACAUAUGUGAAAAAGCUUUCAGCCAGCGAGGAGACCUUUCUCGGCAUCAAAAAAUUCAUAAUGGAGAGAAGCCCUAUAAAUGUAGUGACUGUGGAAAAGCUUUCACCCAGAGGGGACAUCUCACUGAACAUCAGAGAGUCCACAGUGGGGAGAAACCAUAUAAAUGUAAAGACUGUGGUAAAGCCUUUAGCAACAGCUCACAAGUCACUCUCCAUUACAGAAUACAUACAGGAGAGAAGCCUUAUAAAUGUAAUGAAUGUGGACAAGCCUUUAGUCGUCCAGGGAGCCUCAGUGAACAUCAAAAAAUUCAUUCUGUAGAGAAACCUUAUAAAUGUAGUGAGUGCGGAAAAGCCUUCAGCCGUAAUCUGUACCUUAGCCGUCAUCAAACAGUUCAUACAGGGGAAAAGUGUUAUCCCUGUAAUGAAUGUAGUAAAGCCUUCCGAAACGGCCAUUGUCUUACUCUACAUCAGAGAAUUCAUAGUGGAGAAAAGCCGUAUCAAUGUAGUGAAUGUGGAAAGGCUUUUGGCAGGAAACUGUACUUAACUCAACAUCAGAGAAUUCAUAGUGGUGAGAAACCUUAUGAAUGUACUACAUGUGGUAAGGCCUUUACUCGGUGUACAACACUUAUUCAGCAUCAGAAAAUUCAUACUAGAAAUAAAUCCUAGAAAUUUAAGGUAGACUUGUACUAGACAUCAAAGCAUAUUACACACUUCUUUUUUUAAUCAAAAUAUUCUGGUACUGGCAGGGGUGGGGAAAGGCAACUGAAUAUGGUUAUCAUAUAUCCAAUAAAAUAAAGACAAAGGAUUGGUCUUUUAUAAACUUAUAGAAAAUAUAAGCUAGCAAAAGAGAUAUUUAAUAAAUUUACCUGGGAAAAUUGGUUAACAAUAUGGCAGAAAAAGGACUUAAAACUAUAUCUCACUAUACAUAUUUUUGGGUUCUUCCUGGUUUGUAGCCUUGAAAUAUAUGAGCAAAAUCAACUACAAAAAAGAUAAAAGAAAAUAGAAUUAUGUAUUUAUUUCAAUUGUGGAAUUAAGAAAAUGUUCUCUUAAAUAAUGAAAAGGAACUAUAAAUAAAGGUCAAAUUAAGAUGUAUUUAAUGAAGAAAAUAGAAAAGUAUUCCAAAAUCUCCCAAAUUUAAAAGAACAAUUGCAAAAAUGUUAAUAUCAAAUAUGAGAGAUGAAUAUGGAAAAUACUAAAAAUUUACAAAGUUCACAAUGGAGAAAAGGUCAAUAGAUAUUAAAAGAUUAUUUUCAAAUGAGGAAACAAAUUGCUGAUAACAUGCAACAUGUUCAGUCUCAAUCAAAAUUAUAUAUAAAAUAAGGUAUUAUUGAAAUUUUAAUCAAAUCUACACCCCACCCCAAUUAU